GUAUGACGAACAAGCUUGUUUUUCCCCCAUCAUCACUAUCAAAGAAUUUGCGUGUUCCCGAUAUUCUGUUUUGGCAAUAUGCUGUUAGUCUCACCAUGCUCUCUGCUGGUGUUCUUUACAUCAGCCAUCUUAUUUGGUUCUCAAGCAGUAGCAGAAGUUCAUCGCUUGACUUUCGUUAUUAAAGAGACGCCCAUUACUAGGCAAUGCCAGAGACGUAACAUAAUCACAGUGAAUGGACAGUUUCCUGGUCCAACUCUGUAUGUACACAGGGGUGACACUCUUAUCGUCAAAACUUAUAACACAGCCCCGCAUAAUGCCACCAUCCACUGGCAUGGAGUGAGACAGAUUCGUUCGGGGUGGGCUGAUGGACCUGGUUAUAUUACUCAAUGCCCCAUUCAACAAGGAGGUAAUUAUACAUACAGAUUCACCAUUGUUGCCAAGGAAGGAACCUUGUGGUGGCACGCCCAUGUCUCCUGGCUCCGUGCAACUGUUCAUGGAGCACUGGUCAUAUAUCCUCAGAAAGGCAGAUGUUAUCCCUUUCCUAAACCUCACGCCGAGAUUCCUAUCGUGCUAGGGCAAUGGUGGAACAGUGAUCCUGAAGCAGUCGAAAUGCAAUCAAUUCUCACAGGAGCAGCAGCUAAUAUAUCUAAUGGUUUUACCAUCAAUGGUCAGCCAGGAGAUCUGUAUCCUUGUUCAAAAUCAGGAACAUCUAAAAUCUCAGUGCAACAAGGACAAACCUACCUUCUGCGUAUUGUCAAUGCUGCAGUAAAUAAUCACCUCUUUUUCAAGAUUGCAUCACACAAUUUCACAGUGGUAGCUGUGGAUGCCAGCUACACGAAGCCAUACACAACAGACAUUAUGCUUAUAUCCCCUGGCCAGACUGCUGAUGUUCUUUUCACAGCCAAUCAACCACUAGCCAAAUACUACAUUGCUGCCAAAGCAUACACAACUCAAGCUAUUGGAUUCUUUGAUAACACCACAACAACUGCCAUUCUUAGCUAUGUGGGUUCUCCCUCAUCUGCCACCCCAUCCUUUCCACGGCUUCCAGAAUACAAUGACACUGCAACUGUGACUAAAUUCAAUAGAGCAUUACGAAGCCUAGCUUCACCAGAGCACCAAGUGAACGUUCCCAAAACCAUUGAUGAGAAACUUUUCAUAACUGUAGGACUCGGUUUAUUUCCCUGUCGAACUAAUAUAACCACGAACUGUCAAGCCCCUAAUAACACCAGAGUAGCCGCUAGUCUGAACAAUGUAUCUUUUGUCCUACCAGAUACCGCUAUCCUUCAAGCUUAUUAUUUUAGUGUUAAUGGCGUCUUUACUACUGACUUUCCUCCAAACCCCCCAGUUGUGUUUAAUUAUACAGGCGAUGAUAUAUCCAAAAGUCUUUGGGCGCCCAUUACUGGUACAAAAGUUUAUGUGCUAGAUUACAAUAGUACAGUUGAGGUGGUGUUCCAAGGAACGAAUAUCUUCCAACCUGAUGACCAUCCAAUGCAUCUUCAUGGUUAUGACUUUUAUAUAGUGGGAGAGGGUUUUGGUAACUAUAAUGCCGAAACAGAUCCACUCACAUUCAAUCUGGUCGAUCCGCCACAACGAAAUACUGUGGGAGUUCCUGUCAGUGGGUGGACAGCUAUCAGAUUCAAAGCUGACAAUCCAGGUGUUUGGUUCAUGCAUUGUCAUUUUGAUGAUCAUGUAACAUGGGGACUGAAUAUGGUCUUUGUGGUGAAGAAUGGGCCUGGCUAUUUGGCAAGCUUAGAACCUCCUCCUCAUGACCUACCCAGAUGUUAGCCGGCAAGCUAUAACAUCACCUCGAUUGCAGGUUUAAAGUCCACCACCUUAGUUGUAUGGAGUUUCCAUAGAGACCGGGGAAAGGGGAAAUAUUCCCCACGCUCUCUUUGGCAUCUAGUCCUUUAACGUACAAUGCUCUAUUUUGUAUGGGUCUUGUGUUUUAACUUCUUAAAGUCAUUCUAUAACUUUUAGAUUGGUCAUCGUUGGUUUGGCGAUGUUUCAAGAAUGUUUUCUGCCGAGAAAUGUAUUAAAGCUACUUAAAU